AUGGCUUAUUUCUGUGUACCAUGGUUGAUCAGAAAACUCAAUCCAAACAAACAACAAAAACAGCGAUUUGAGGAAAUAGUAAGUCAACUAUAUUUUUUAGACAGGUAACUGAAUUUCUGAUUAAUUUUUGUUCUUUUAAUUUUAAAAUAGGGUCGCGAAAAAUUAAAAAGUCUUGGCGCGAAAAAUGUAAAAAAUGUAAGUAAAAUAUGGGUAUCUAAUAACAUUGUGUAUAAUAAGUAAGUACCUAGAUCUGUACAGUACAACAACAUUAAUGUUUAAUUACAAAAUGCAGCUUACCGAUCAUGAACUAAUGAUUGCUAGCCAGUUGGUUAUUCUUUGUGAUAUAACAGUGUCGUGGAAAAGUAUUGCCGGGCUUAGCGCGGUUAUAGACGGAAUCAAACAAACGGUUAUAUUUCCAGUUCAGAGAAAAGAACUGCUCAGAAACUCGACUUUAACCAAUCCGCCUAGAGGUAUAUUAUUUAAAAUUGAAUGA